GGAAUGCAAAGCUGCCUCACUCGCUGGCACAUUUCAGCCGCCUGGCCUGUGAUCCCGGGGGUUUAAGAACCGCCCUGUGGAGGAGGCGGCCCUGCAGCUAGUCUGGGACUUCUAGGUGGAGCGAGGAGGCCAGCAACACCGUCCGAGUUCCCGCAGGACGUGGGCAGAGAACCUCCAUGUACUCAGAGAUCCAGAGGGAACGGGCAGACAUCGGUGGCCUGAUGGCCCGGCCCGAGUACAGAGAGUGGAACCCAGAGCUCAUCAAGCCCAAGAAGCUGCUGAUCCCCGUGAAGGCCUCGCGGAGCCAUCAGGAGCUGCACCGAGAGCUGCUCAUGAACCACAGGAGGGGCCUGGGUGUGGACAGCAAGCCCGAGCUGCAGCGCGUCCUGGAGCACCGCAGGCGGAACCAGAUCAUCAAGAAGAAGAAGGAGGAGCUGGAGGCCAAGCGGCUGCAGUGUCCCUUCGAGCAGGAGCUGCUGAGGCGGCAGCAGAGGCUGAACCAGCUGGAAAAACCACCGGAAAAGGAAGAGGACCAUGCCCCGGAAUUCAUCAAAGUCAGGGAGAACCUACGGAGAAUCACCACGCUGUCGAGUGAAGAGCGGGUGCUGUAGAGCUGGCUGGGGGGGGUCCGGCCCCCCGCAGCCCUCCCCCGGCCCCCACACCCUCCUCCAGCCCUUCUGUAUCUGGCAGCCCUGAGCCCCAGGUUUGGGGACAUCUGCUGCGUUCAUGCUUGCUCCUGUAAACUGCGCUGUCCCAGAGGCCCUGCCUAUCCCUCCCCCGCACCCCCAGGAGCUGGGGGUCCCGAAGCUCACAGGAGUUUCCUUCUGAGCACUCACCCCUCCUGCCCCAAGAGGAAGCCACCUGGGAAAACUUUCACAGGGCACCUCCCUGGCCCGACAGCCCUCCAUUCUGCCCAGGCCCCAUGGGACCCUGAGUCUCUGGGCAGCUCCACUCGCAGGUCUCAGAGAACUUCCCUGCCCGCGGUUUCACCUGCAGCCAGGAGUGAGGCAACUAGCGGAGCAUCUCAGGACACCUGUCUUGAAAGCCAACCAAGGGGAGAAGGUUCAAGUGCAGUUGUCCCUGGUGAGGAAGGGCAGGGCAGCCCACAGGUGGCCUGGUGGCUCCCACCAUGGCAGGUGGGAAGGGUGGUAACAAAGACAACUGCUUAGAGUUUGCCAGCCUCCCCCACCCCCCUUCUCCCCGGUCCCCUGGUUCAGGCUCGUAAGCACUCCCAGCCAGGGCUUCAGCCUUCCUGCUCCCAGGUCUGCAGCAUGCUGCCCAGGCUCCAUCCUGCCUUCGACUCACUGGGGUCUUGUUAAAUUCCGGCUUCUGCGUCCGCAGCUCUGGGGUGGGGCUGAGAGUCUGCAUUCCCAUCAAGCUCUGGGGCCACACUGAGCAGCAAGGCCGGAGCGCCAGGGGUGCUAAAUAUUGGAAACGUCACCCCUGAAGCCAACCUGCCCCCGCAAGUCCCUCGGGCCUGUGCCCUGGGGUUCCCCCUUCCCCUGCAGCCUUCAGGGCUCUCUGUGUCCAGCCCAACCAGGGCCCCAGGCCCGAGCAGACUUAAAGCCUAGCCGGUCGUUCCAGAUUUAUGACAGAUUCUCACCAGACAUCUCACAGUCCAGGACCUCCAAUCUGCAUUUCCACCGCACUGUUGUGGUGCAAUUCUAGCCAAAAAAUACAUUUUUUUUUUUUUUUACCUAAAACCCAUGGAGAGCAUGUACACAGUGGUUUCCAAUAGGUUUCUGGAACUAGAAACAGUGAUUGCCGACCCCACUGCCACCCUCGCGGCCUGGCCCCUGUGAGUCCCCAUUUUCAGCCUCUGGACCUGAGACCCACCCUCCUUGGCUUCUGUGCCCCCUGCCCUCGCGGGGCAGCUCCAGGGACCUCACCCACGGCCUCCCCAAAGCCCUCCCACGCAAGACCAAAUGGUUUCACCUUUUGCUCCCAUUUUUCAAGACUUAAAGAAUAAACCAGGCCUGUUGCUUUCUCCCCUGAAGAGCAAA